GUAAGCGAGCGAACCACGUCGGAUUACGUUGCUGAAGUCAAAAAAUUAAUUAAAAAAAAAAAAAAAUAAUGUCACUCCAAUCGAUAACAUUGCUAUUGUUAUUCGCGACAUUCGCGAAAGUCAAAACUAAAGAAAUAAGGAUAUCGAAAAAUUCUUUCGAAAAUUACGAAAUCGACGUUUUACGUGAAAGGUCCGAAAAAUCUGUGAUACCCAAGAAAUUGUAUCGGGACGAUGAGACGAUGUACGGGAGUUCGUCGAAUCGUAGAAAAAUCACGAGACCGAAAAGAAAUUCGGAGACUCCAUGGAUAGUAAAGAAUUUCGAGGGUUAUCAAAAUUUGACAGCAUUUCACGCGCUCGUCGUGCGCGACGAAAAUAUUCCGGAUUGCGGUAUGGCGGCGAACGUGAGCACGGAAACACGAUACUUCAUGUGCAGCGGUGCAAUUCUGACGGAUAGACAUGCAAUUACGACUGCCUCCUGUAUGCACUUUGCGCAUAUUUACGAACAUCACAUCGAUGCCAAUUUGGCUGUACUCGUUGGCGCUACCACUGAUUACCCUCAGGUGAUAAAGAUCGCGGGCGUUGAGAUGCACCCAAAAUAUGAAUUUGACGUCGAUUCCGUGAAUUACGCUACUCACAAUUUGGCCAUUCUGCAUCUCGAGUGUCCAAUAUGCAGGGGCCCCGCCCGUAUUCCAAGAUUGGCCUGUAAUCGUUAUCAGGACUUGGGCCAUUUGUGCUGCUCGGAUCGUUGUAAAAUUGUUACGGUGAUUCAAGACUCGGACAAUCGCCAUACGAUGAAACUUCUGAACUCGAAGCAUUUGCCGUCACCGGAGCACACGGGCAAAGAAGAGAACAGGGGAAGUAAAAACGUAUUCUCCGAAAGCAUACAGAUUAAUAGAAGAUCGAUGAGAAGUCCCGGUAAAAUGGCAGCAGCGCCAGUAUUCUUCGCGCGGGAGAAAACUAAGUUAAAUUUGACAGAUGAAAAUUUGGAAAGCCGUCACGUCAAGCGAAAUCGAUAUGCACAGAAGGACGGAAGGAGAUCGGGAACCAAAUCCAAUUCGCCGAACGUCAGUGACGCGAAUAAGAAGAUUUUGGAAGAUUUUAUUAAAAAAUUUGUCAACAACGUGUUCUCGCGAUUGGAGGAAGUUUUACAUCCGGAUUUCAUAAAAACAAACAUGCCCAUGGACAGAACGUCGGACAUGGGUACGAGUCUUUCCGAAAAUGGAACGUCCACCGACAUAGCGAAAACUCUGUUAGACAAGCUCGCUUCCAGUGUGUUCGAUCAGAUCGACUCCAUGAAUAAGUCUAAGGAACGAUAUAUGGAGGGGGAGGUUCUGCAAACAUACGUGGAGUGUCCGCCAUUGGGAACACCGGUUAUCAAGAAUGAGAUGUUGGUGGGUUUGGUGGCUUAUACCUGUGACGACGUACAGGACUGGGUACCAUGGAAGUACGUGGACAUUUCGAAAAACAUUAAUUGGAUAAUGGAUCGUAUCCGAAACGAAAAUGAAAAUUCGCCGAAAGAUUAUUCAACUCAAAAACGUAAAUCCAGAUCUAACCGAUCGUUUUCUAAGACCUGCUCAGAUCCAGCUAGACCCAUGACAAGUGCCUGCGUUACCUCUGGAAGAGGCGGCCAGUGUGGAGGAUGAAACGAAGGGGAUAGAGAAAAUUCGAAAAUUAUUCAAAAAAGUCCAAAAAAAUACAAAAAUUCCGUACAACGAUAUCCAGUUCAAUGUACCUCGUAACGGUAAAGUUUAAUUAAAAAAAAAAAUUCAAAA